GUGUAAGACAAUCAGUAAAAUAUUGGCCUUGGGAGUUGCUUCUUUAAUCAUAAGUCUCCUUCCUCUGCCUCAUCCCUUUUCACACAGCAGGAUCUAGAUCUCACCUCGCGUCCAUGGAAGUCUCCUCUCCUAUCCUCUUUCUUGGACAGCUUGAGAAUUGAUCCGGCAACCUAGCUCGGAAGAAAUCAUCACAAGCUUAAUUUCCCCUUGACUAGGUUGCAGCUGCAGGGCCUCGAUCGGCAGGGGUUCCGUGACAUCUAAUUGCAAAUGGAACGCCGAUCUACUGUCACACGAAUGGACCUGGAGUUCAUGCUAAUUGAUGAAACGGCAGAGCCCAUGGCUCUGCCACUGACACUUCUGCGUCAUAUCACCGAUGAUUUCUCUGCUGAGCAUGAAAUUGGCAGAGGUGGGUUUGCGGUGGUUUAUAAGGGAAAGCUUGGGAAUAGGACUGUGGCAGUGAAGAGGAUGUCCAAUACGUUUGUAGAUGAAAGCGAGUUCCACCGAGAAGUUCAAUGUCUCAUGAUGGUUAAACACAAAAAUAUAGUACGGUUUCUGGGAUAUUAUGCUGAAACACAUUGGACUAUGGUAACCCAGGAGGGAAAAUUCGUUAUGGCAGAUGUAAACCAAAGAUUGCUCUGCUUCGAGUAUCUUCCUAAUGGGAGCCUUGAUAAGUAUAUCACUGAUGCAUCUUGUGGACUUCAGUGGAGAGACCGCUUCCAAAUUAUCACAGGAAUUUGUCAGGGGCUACAUUAUCUUCAUCAGAAUAGCUUUAUGCACUUAGAUCUAAAGCCCACAAACAUAUUGUUGGAUGAUAAUUUAGUACCAAAACUUGCUGAUUUCGGUCUAUCUAGAUGCUUUGUUGAAUCACAAAACUGGGCUAGUACUUCGAUACGUGGAACAGCUGGAUAUAUAGCACCCGAAUAUUAUAACUAUACUGAAGUCACACACCAGCUUUCGCCCCUUCUUGAUAUCUAUAGUCUUGGUAUAAUAAUAAUAGAGAUACUCACCGGCCGGAAGGGGAAUAUUGACGCUGAUGAGGUAGUUGAAAGUUGGAGUAACAUGGUGGAGAAAUCACAUAGCGACGUACAGAUGGAACAGGUACGCAUAUGUGCUGAGAUAGCAAUAGAGUGCAUCGACUUCAACCCGGCAAAGAGACCGGAUACACAACAUAUAAUCAGUAGACUCGAUCAGAUAAAAAUCAUGGACGGAUAUGUUAAAACUGGCAUGAUUACUUCACAUCAGGCCAAAGAUGCUCCAAAUGAACUGCAUCAAGAUACGACUGACGCACCAGGAGAGACAAGCUUUAAGGUGUUAAAGAUUGGCGUCGGUGCUAUCUCAAAACGGAACUUGAAGAAAAGAAAGAUUCGGGCGGCCAUGGAAAACAAUCCUCACCAUUCUGCUUGGCUUGAGGGGACGAGAGAGAUGGAGGAGGACCCAGUUACUGUUUCGCUCGGCCCCUCGGGCCCUCUCUUCCAGAAGCUCCGUUCUGUCAUUGCUUCGCAAGACAGUCGGCUGAAGAGGGUUAAGGUUGAGAUCUUGUUUCUCGGCCAAGGACUCAAGGGAUUGUGCAACGGAUUUAGCAAGGAUCUAUUUGAGGCGCCGCAGGAUAGCAUUACCAGGUGCUGGAUGAGGCAGGUCCGGGAUCUGUGCUAUGAUACAACAGACUACCUCGACCAGGUCAUGCACUUCAUCCAAUACUCCGGUACUGGUAGGGGUAAGAUCCGUAUUUUUUGGGGGAAACGUCUUGGAUCCAAGAUCUUUCGGGUUUCCCGUAGGCUCACCUGGGUUUCGUUGCCAAAAGUGAAAAGGUUGAAGCGAGGCCUCAUGAUUGCAAAAUUAUUAGCAUUGCUAGCUCGUGUCGAGGAUGCAGAUGAAAGACGCGAAAGAUUCAAGAUUUCUCCACCGGAAGCCAGCAAACAUGACUAUUCACAAGCCGCCAGAGCCGGUAUCAGCCACCCCAUGGCCCGACUUCCCAUCCAACUCCAUGUCGACAAGCUCAUCAAGCUGCUGGCCUUCGAGCACGACGACAAUUUGAUAGAAAAAGAACUCAAGGUGGUAAGUAUCUUUGGAUCUGCAAGUUCUGACAAGACAGCAGUUGCGAAGACCUUAUAUCACCGGUAUGGAGGGAAGUUCCAGUACCGGGCUUUUCUACGGGUGUCUCGAGAUCCAGAUAUGAGGAGGCUUCUCACCGACAUGCUCACACAAUUCAAGGCCCCACCAACCCAUACAGUUUCUGAUGUCCAAGGACUUAUUGAAAGUAUCACCAAACAUCUGCAAGGAAAAAGGUACUUAAUUAUAAUAGAUGAUCUAUGGUCCACGUCAGCCUGGGAUAUUAUUAUCCGAGCUCUUCCUGAUGGUGAUUAUUGCAGAAUAAUAACAACAACACAGGUUGAGAAUGUAGCACUGGCAUGCUGCAGUUACCAGUUAAAGCAUAUGUAUAAGAUUACUCCUCUUAAUGAUGAUCAAUCAGGAAAAUCUGAGGGUGGUUGUAUUACAUAUCCUAGUUCCGAAGGGAUGAAAGAAGCUCUAAACCUUGUGUAUGAUAAUCUUCCACCCCAUUUGAAGGCAUGCUUGUUAUAUAUGAAUAUGUAUCCAGAAGGAUACACGACCAAGAAGGAUGAAUUGGUGAAGCAGUGGGUUGCUGAAGAUUUUAUCGGCUCAGUACAAGGACAAGACAGAGAGAACACCGCGGGAUGUUAUUUUGAUGCUCUCGUCAGUAGUGGACUGGUCCAGUCCGUAGAUACCGAUCAUAAUGGUGAUGUGUUGUCAUGUACGCUUCACCACAUGGUGCUGGAUCUUAUCAGACAAAAAUCCAUGGAGGAAAACUUUGUCACUGUUGUGAACUAUUUUCAAACAAUUCUAGGACUUCCUGACAAGGUCCGUAGACUGUCUGUCCAGUUGGGAGGUGCAAAAGGUGCAAAUACUAUACCAGACAAUAUGAGAACAUCCCAAGUUAGAUCACUACUAUUUUCUGGAUUCUUCAAAGGUGUACCCUCCAUUGUAGAAUAUGGGCUUCUUCAAGUUUUGAUUCUUCAUAUUUGGUCUGAUCAAGACAAGACUUUUGACCUCACUUCAAUUGGUGAACUAUAUCGACUGAGAUAUCUGAAGAUUGUGUGUAAUAUCACUGUCAAGCUUCCAGGCAAGAUUCGAAGGCUGCGGCACUUGGGUACUCUGCAGGUAGAUGCAAGAUUAGCGGUUGUUCCAUCUGAUAUUAUUCAUCUGGAUAAGUUGCUGCACCUCCGCCUUCGGAGUGAGUCUAUUUUGCCUCAUGGGGUUGGCCAUAUGACAUCUCUUCGUACUCUGGGUUAUUUUGAUCUCAACAGUAACCCAAAGAUCAAUUUGAUGGAUCUGCACAAGCUGACAAAUCUGCAGAAUCUUCAGCUCACCUGUUCUACAGUACCACCAGCUAAAUGCCUUGAAAAGAAUAUGCAACUCCUGAGCUCAGUCCUUAACAAACUUAGCAUCCUGCAGUCUGUAACUCUUGUACCUGCUACAGGCUCCUCCAAUGUAAAUACUUUACAGGCUGAUAAUGAUACUGGUGCUUCAGGCAUGAUCAUUUCAUUUGAUGGCUUCAGCAGUGUGUCCCCUGCCCCAGCCCAUCUUCGGAGACUCGAGUUGUCGCGUCGUUGCUGCAUCUUCUCCAGACUCCCAAAAUGGCAUGGUGAACUUGCGCAACUCUGCGUUCUUAAGAUUGCAGUCAAGGAGCUAUCGAACGAAGAUACUGAUAUACUGAAAGGGUUACCUGCCCUCACUGUUCUGUCGUUGCAUGUCAUGACAACGUCUGCAGAAAUGAUUGUCUUUGGCAAGGGAGGGUUCUCAGUUCUCAUAUACUUCAAGUUCACGUGCACUGUGCCUUGGCUGAAAUUUGAAGAGAAUGCAAUGCCUAACCUCCAGAAGCUCAGGCUAGGUUUCAACGCAACAGCAGUGGAUAAACAAGGGAUCAUUAUUGAGCACUUGUCAUGCAUUAAAGAGAUAUCUGCAAUAGUUGGUUGUGUGAACGUUGGUGCAGGGUCUGCCUGCCAGAAAGCUAUUAUGAACGAUCCAAGAAAUCCUAAGGUGCAAUGGAUGGGCUCCAUUUAUGUUGGUGACGAAGGUACAGGACACCUGGUGACACAUGAAGCCCAGGAAUAUUACAGAGCUCAAGGUAAGGUUUCAGGGGGAGGUGAAAUCAUGGAUGAAACUGAUGGAAUUCAAGAUGAGAACAAUGAAGCCGCUAAUAAAAACAAUCCAAGAAAUCAAAUGGUGCAAUCGAUGGGUUCGAUUUAUUAUGGUCUCAAAGGUACAGAAAUGGUGACGAUAAGACCCAGAAACCAACCAGGGCAGUUGCUGAUGACUGUGCUGGGCAGGUUGCUGAGACCCAUUAUCCCCACACUUCUGGCCAGCAUAUUGUGCUACGUAUUGGGAUGGUUGCUCUCGAGCAUCAUCCGCUCGGUCCCUUUGAAGCAGCGUUCCAUGGCCACGCCCACUAGCUGGGAUGUUGGCACAGCUGGCUGGGUCAUUGUGCUGGGCUGGUUGCUUUCGCCCAUUAUCGCCUUUCUCUUGCCCAAGACCCUUUCCUGUCUGGGCUUCGACACAUCCAAGAAGCUCCUGGAACUGGAGAACUGCAUCAUCCCAGAACUGCAGCAGGCGAUGCGGGCAGUGGAUCAAGAGAGGAUGACGCAGAGAGUGGAGAAACUGAAACCUGAUGUAGCCACGCUGGACAAGAUGGCCGCCAUGCUGAGGCAUUCCCAGGAGGAAGCGGAAGACAUCUUUGAUGAUGCUAAGCAAAAGAUCGUCAGUGGUGACAUCGUCUAUGAUGCCGUGCAGACCUGCAGUGACUACUUCUACAGGAGUUCUCUGGGGAUUACAGGCAUCCUCCGGAGAGGAUCGUGUCAGUUACUGCAGUGGGCACAGAGCAUCUCCACCUUGUUUCAGUGGUUCCCACGCAUGCAUGCAUAUAUGUUCUUUACCAUAUGUUAUGAGACUGCAGCCUCAAAUUUCUCGGGGAGAUGGUUCUGUUGCUUGUGCAACUCCUUUGGCUUGUUCAUCAACUGUUGUAGGUCCAUGUUCUACUCGAUAGUUCAUGCGAUUGAGUUGGCCUGCUUGUAUCGAGACUGGUCCUAUGACGUGGUUGGCAUCAUAGGUUACCAGGAGAAUGCCACUGUGUUAAGUUUUUUCCUUACAGCAAUCUCAAAACAGAACUUGAAGAAAAGAAUAGAGAAGGUACAAAGCACCAUUAAUGAAGUUAAGAAGUCACAACUCUUGUGUGUAGUCAGCAAGAACACGCCGGAUGAUAUUGCCAACAGGAACAGGUGCAGAAUUAGAACUGCUAGCAAGCUUAAGGUAUUUGGUCGAGAGGUGUUGCGUGAUAAUAUCAUGGCAAAGCUCCGUGAGACACGACAUUGUGAUGCACCAAGCUCGAGUGCUUGUCCAUGUUAUUCUGUGGUUGGCAUAUAUGGUCUUGCGGGGUCAGGGAAGACUACCUUUGCACAAUAUACUCGAGAUUUCAUAGAAGGGUGUGAGGAGAAACUUUUUGACACCAUUAUGUGCAUUCAUCUUUCGGAAACUUUCAGCGUGGAUGAUAUAUUUCAUCAAAUGCUGAAGGAUAUUACCAAAGAUUGGCAUUCCAGUUUUUCGGAUCGUGGGGAGCUGGAAGAGAAGUUGAAGGAAUCGUUGAGUGACAAACGUUUCUUCUUGAUAUUGGAUGAUCUCUGGGUGAAGAACAAGAGCGACCUACAGCUGCAGGAACUACUCUCUCCGCUCAAUGUUGGGAAGAAAGGAAGCAAAAUCCUAGUGACGGCUCAAGCAAAAGAUGCAGCUAGAGCUCUGUGUGCUGAUGAACCUAUUAAAAUGCCUGAUUUGGAUGAGGACCAAUACUUUUCUAUGUUUAUGCAUUAUGCACUUGGUGGUACAAGUGUUGUUGAUGAAGAAUUCAUACGAGUUGGGAGGCUGAUUGCUGAAAAGCUACACCGAUCGCCUAUUGCAGCAGUAACAGUGGCAGAAAAGCUUGAGACAAAUGCAGAUAUCCAUUUCUGGAAAAACACUGCAAACAAUGACAUGCUGAAUGACACCAUGUAUGCUCUUUGGUGGAGCUAUCAACGGCUUGAUCCGGACAUCAGGCGCUGCUUUGAAUUCUGCAAUAUUUUUCCUCGAAGAUCCAAGCUGAGAAGGGGCGAAUUAGUUCGCCUGUGGAUAGCACAGGGGUUUGUAAAGACCAGUUCUGCAAACAUGGAAGCUGUAGCUGAGUGCUACCUUCAAGAGUUGGUGUCAUACUCAUUUCUGCAACCAGAAGGAACUAGUUCUGAAUCUUCUGAUACGGAUUGCUUUACAAUUCAUGGUCUGCUGUAUGAUUUAUUAGACAAGGUCUGUGGAAGUGACUACUACAGAAUCGAGAAUGCAAGGAGCCAGAGAGGAGAAAGCUGGAAAGGGGAUAUCCCUGAAGAUGUCCGCCAUCUUUUUGUUGAGAAUUGUGAUGGAAAAAUGAUUGAGAAGAUCCUUGGAUUGAAAAAAUUACGCACUCUCAUUAUUUAUAUUGUUGAAUGGGAUACACCAGUUGAGGAAAAAUUCAUCAACGGUAUAUGCAAGAGGCUUCUUAAGUUACGGGCAUUACACGUUGCUUUGAGACACGCAUAUGAUCCAAUCAAUGCACCCAAUAAGUUCUCCGUCCCAGAAUCUAUUAGUCAAUUAAAGCAUCUACGGUAUCUUGCUUUCAGGAUAAACCACCAAUGCACUGUUCUUCUACCAGGCGCUCUAAAUAAGCUUCAGCAUAUCCAGCAGCUAGAUUUUGGUUCUUGCAAUAUUUUGGGAUCUACCUCUCUUGAUCUUCUCAACUUGCAGCACAUAAUCUGCGGGGCCAUGAAAUUUCCUAACAUAGGCAAGCUGACUUCACUCCAAACGAUCCCAGGCUUCACAGCAAGUAAUGAACAAGGUUGUGAGUUAAAGCAGUUGAGGGAUCUUAACAAGCUUCAUGGAAGCCUGCGGAUUGUUGGACUUGAAAAUGUUAAAAGCAAGGAGGAAGCUCUUGAAGCCAAUCUAGCUGCCAAGGAAAGGCUCGCGGAACUUAAAUUGCACUGGGAAGGUGAUGAUGAUACAGGGUGCAGUCCAGAAGUUGAAGCAGAGGUACUUGAGGGCCUGUGCCCUCAUGUGGGGCUUAAAACACUUCACAUCUACAGCUACGAAGGUUCGAGGUGCCCAAAUUGGAUGGUGGGUAAGCAGAAUGUUGGCCUGCAAGAACUUCUAUUAUAUGGAUGGAAUCAACUUGGACCUGCUCCGGAAAUUGCGGUCUUCCCUUGUCUUCGUAUACUCUGUCUUUGCGACUCCAGCUGGGAGGCGUUACCAGAUGAUAUGGAGCACCUCAUGUUGCUCAAGGAACUGGAUAUCAUUAGAUGCGAGAACAUCCGAUCUCUUCCCACACUUCCCAGGUCUCUUGAGUGGUUUUAUCUUGCUUCCUGCAAUGUGGAAUUCAUGAGCUCUUGUAAAACAGUCGGACAUCCAAACUGGCAGAAGAUUCAGCACAUCCCCGUCAAGGGAGUUGAUAUCCCAACACCAACACCCUCAGAAGAAGAAGCUGACUCUGAUGGGAUAUUGGGAUUACAUCAGAAGGCUUUAGGCCUUGCAAUGCAGUCAGGCUGUUAAGGGAAUGUGCAGCCAGCAGGAAGGUGAUUUACAACUUGAGAUACCAAGAGAAAGCACAACCAGGCCAGGCCACUCGAUGUGUGAGAUUUUUUCUUUCUUUCCUUGUCUUGUUCAUCUUGAUAUUUGUUUGUUUGUGCACUGUGAUUUCCAGAGUAAACCAGACGUAUAUUACCGUACUACAGUUUAAUUUGAUUAUUACAGUGAACCUGGCGUGUAUUGCUGUGGACCAGAGUAAUCUACUUCCACCUAUAUCACUACUAAAGUUGUGUCAUGCAUGGAUUACUACUGUGGCUGGGGUGCAUUAGUUGACAGUAAAUCUGCUUUCAUAGUAAUGUUUGUCAGUACUAGUGCCAUUUAUUUAGUGUGCUAUAUAUGUAUGCCAAGGACUUGGAUGCUCUGAUCUUUCGUUUAUUAUUAUCGUGAUGUCUGUCACGUUCUGUUUUUAUUCUUGGCUCUUGUCGUCGUCCAGAAAAUCUUGCAAUUUCAUUUGAAGAAGCUAAACUAAUUCACAAGAUCCAGAUGCUUCAGGAUUGGUUGUUGAUGAACUUACAUAGUCCUGUUAUUUCAGUCUAUUAAGCAACCUGAGAAAAAUCAGGCCAGAAGUUAUCAAAAGGCACCAUAUUAGGUUCACAAAUUAUGGUCUAGUAUUACAGUCUUCUGCUAGAGUGAGUUUAUAUUCUAGCUUCAGCAGCAACUGUUACUACAUUUAUAAGAGUAGAUUGUCCACCAGCAGUUUCUGUGGAAUAGUUUAACUCACUAGAUUCGGGGCGUGGCUUGCCAUGCGUCACCCUUUCAGAUGGAUAAGUCGCUGGAUAAACCGUUAUGUAGAUCACUGAAAACAAAUAGCUCUACGGACUUAGACAAAGGCCAUCAAACAGUAACAACCAUUACUAUGCCAACAUUACAGUUAUGUUACUAUUAACGGAGGGAGCUAUAAGUUUAAGUUGUAAUAAGUCAUCUGAUAUAUGCACAUAUUUCGACCUUAUUAGCUAUCAUAACGUGUGUGUUGUCAUGCUUAUGUAACGUCGUUAGCUCAUUGUGAUACUUAUACAUAAACUGUAAUAAUUGCUCAAUUCUUAGCGUUAAUUGCUACUAUCAUUAGAAGGGAGAUGCAGUAAUCCUCUCAAAUUAAGGUCAGUAUCAUCAUGCAGAAUGCAUCUCAUGUCAGCAAUCUAUCCUGAUUCCCUGCCACUCAAACUAACACCAUAGCCCUGCCCCUAUCGUCGCUGCCUGCACGUUGUGGUGCAGACGCCUACUUGUGGAUCUCCCAUUACCCGAGCCGCUAUCUCCCCUAACAGUAUCAUCGUUCCUCCCACAACAGAAAGAUGCCCUUGGAUUCCUGACCUCUUCCUCCAUGUAUUCCUCACCCUCCUCGGAUCAAAACAGAGCUCCAACCCUGUAACAAUUUUCUGAUAGCCAAAGAUGACCAUUUUGUCCGAGUUAUGCUGGCUAAGCGUUAAUUGGUUGUAACAGGACGUUACUCUACUUUACUUAAAAUAAUAUAUAUUUCAACAAACAAACAAACAAACACAGCUUGAUUUUGUUUUACUGUAGUGCCUCGUUUUGUUCUCUGACCCGGUUCAGAGAUUCGAGACCUUGGAAUCAUUCUGAUGGAAUGUUGACCCAUUUGUCAUAGUAGCUUAUGUGCUUGUGUUUUGGACUGAGUUCCGGGAUUGCUGGGACGUAUUCCCGGUCUCCAUUUCAGUAACAAAAUACUUAAUUAGCACGAGUUGUUUCGGUACCUGACCUGACACAAAUCUUGGCUGAGCUCCACAGCUGAAGAAUAGGAGUGCCCUCUCUGUUCCGCCACAUC